AUGGUUGGCAAAGCUGUCCUCCACCUCCUGAAGGCUGUUCAGUCAUCCCAUACGAAGGAGUAUGCAAUCCAUCCAUUUAUAACUGCCGUGACAAUUCCUGAACGAAACGCAACACUAUAUGUAAAGUCGAGGCGAAGACAAAAGUAUGGCUCAAGAAAAUCUGAUGAGGGUCUGGAGUGCCGGUGCGCCAAGAAUUCAAUGUAUUGUUCGCCACUUUGUUGUACUUUCCAGAGGACGACAAUUGAAGAAAACUUUGGCGUUAAUUAUCGACGAAUUGAUGUCCAGAACAGAGUCGCCGAUUCAAACCCAUUGUCGCACAUUUACGAAGAGCUGGGAUUACCCCCUGUCGGCGCCUUUUCAACCCAUUAA